AUGCGCCCAGAGAACAUCCCUCCUCGCCUGAGCUCGAAGAGGAGCUCGCUCCCUACGCGGAGCCCAAUCAAUUCUCGUUCUCAAACCACCCUCAAUGGAUAUGAGAGCACCCGGGUGAAACGACUCUCCUGGCACUCAUCGGGUUCAGGCUCAAGCUCAGGAACCGGUCCCAUUCUUACGAUCUCUGGCGAUGCCGAUGCAGUGAUUCUCGGCCAGCGCGACUACAUCCCAGCAGUACCUGCCAUCCCUACGAUGCUACUAGAACGUACUACUCAGACGCGUUCUUUCAGCGCUCUCACUAGCCGCAUCUCCAAAACGACGACUUCCCGAGCGGAGUUGAGGAUCACGACAGCGUCACCGGUAUCAAGUACGAAAGAGCUAACGGUAAAUGAAAGUCCCGUUGUUAAAAUCAGCCCCAUUCGAUCGAUGCAGCCACCGAGGCAGCCCAGUCUAGAUGCCAAUUCUCCCAGAUCGCCCUCGUCAGUGUAUUCGACUAUCCCAGACAUCACAACUAUCAGCAGGACAUCAGUGGUGCUUUCGACUGCUGAACGAAGUGUCUCGCCGAUUUCAGACAGGCCUGCAACGCCUACGCCAGAGCCCAAACCACCUGCUCCGCCGCUUCGAGACGCACCCGAGCCGCCAACUAGUUCUGUAGAAGUACAUAAGGAACUGUCUGAGGAAACAUCCGAGCCUACCAUUGUACCCGGACCCGAUGACUUCCUCAGCGUGAGCAAGUCCAGAAAGACAACAUCAGCUCUGGAGAAUGCCAGUCCUUCGCUGAGUUCAAUCAACUAUCCAAGCAACGACAACUCAACCCCAAACAUCAGCACCGCUGAAUUGAACUCACCAUCCUUGCCUCGAGUUAAGCAUUCACGCGAUACUGUCCGCACCCAGGGACCUUCUAAGCCAAGAGUCUCGGAGACAGCCAGAUCGAUUAGCAUUGAUAGUCCAUUGGGCCGCGGAACACCUAAGAGCUGUCCGUCGCAUCGCCAGCCGUACAUACCUGUGGUCUCGUCUUCCCCUACAGACAAAACCCCUUCCAAGAAUCAAGGCAAGGAGACAUUAGUGACGAAAAUCAUGGCUAAACGCAACAUUCGCGGCAUAUUCAAUCGCGAGAGGGCACGCGCCAAAACACCAGAGACGGUCGCUUCUAAGCAAGGGUUUAUGAGUGCUACGCGAAGCUCGCUCGCUAAGGUCAUGCGCGAUUCUAAAAGUCUAUCCAAGGUCCAUCUGCCUAGAAAGACUGAGUCGAGAUUGGAGACUGAGUCUGAUCACGCCAUCAACAUGAAGAGCAUCGAAGCGGGCAUAUUCGCCACUUUCGACAACAACAGCAAAGCCACUCCAGCACAAGAAGCAAUGCCUCAAAGGCGAAGUCAUGCGGAUGAAGUGCUUCACGACAUCGUCGACCGCAUAGAUGCACAGCCUGAAGACUCGCCAGAGCGUCUGCGCCACGUGCAGAUCGCAGAGUGCAUCAUCCUUGCUGCUGAGUACUCCCGCAACGCCAACAUCAGUGCUUUGGAGGCGAAGAAGAGUGCCCGCGAUGCAGAGCUUUAUGCAGAUCGGGCCCAGCUUGAGUUCAAGCGGUUGCACACGCUACUGGAUGGAGCAGACAUCGAUGCCCAGUCCAUGAAACUCAUUACAAAUCUUCUUCCUGGUUCUGCAUGCGUACAACACGUUAAAGUAUGUCUUGGACCACAAUUUGUGUCAUUUGCUACAGGAUACCUUUGGCCAUUGUCUAGUGCUUGUUACGUAGCAUUAGCGUAUGAGUUGCAUUUACGAUCUGAUCUUGUCGAACAGAUCUAG